AUGGAAAACGAUUCGCCAAAUUUGUUCGACAGCGAACCGAUGACGGUGCAGUUGUCGGUUCCCGAAAAAUCCACCGACGACGUCCUGGCCGAAAUCCUAGAAGAUGUACGCGGAGACGUAAACGAAGAAAAUGAUGUCGUCGACGGCACGAUCGCGGACGGGGUUCGAGACGCUGUCGAAUAUCACACGGAUGAUGAUGAUGAUGAAGAUGAUGAUGAAAACCAUGAUGUCAACGACCGCAGCGCUGCGGACCAAGAGUUAGGUGAUGACCAAUCUGUUGACCAGUUGACCGAAACGGAACAAACUGAUGGUUCACUGAAUACCCAGGCAAAAAACGUGCACAAAGGAUUACCUCCUGGCCGAGUGAAGCUCAUAAUGAAAAUGGAUCCCGACGUUAACAUAGUCGCAGGGGAUGCUGUGUAUAUACUUACAAAAGCAACAGAAAGUUUUGUUGGACUGAUAGUGCAACACUGUCACAAAGCAAUGGUUGCUUCUAAUAAAAAAACACUAAAAAAAAAACAUAUUGAAGCUGUGAUAGAAGAUAAUGUACCUUUUGAAUUCUUAGAAGGUGCAUUAGAUUGGUAACUAUUAAAUUUAUAAUUAUAUAAGCUCUUCAUUUUUAAUUAUUGUAUAUUAUGUAU